AUGGGGGACCCCAUCGAUUUCUCAACAUAUCGCCACUACAAUAUAAUUCUCAAGACUCUCAUAGAUAGCGACAGGCUGGAUGAGGUCAUUCGGAAUUUUCAGUCACAGGGCGUGGAUGUUCGUCGCGUGGACCAGGAGGAAUUAGUUGCCGGCUUCAUGAAACACAACAUCUCCACCAACGACCUGAUUUUUAAGAAUCGCUACGACUACCACUUUACCGUCUCUCCCGUACCAUUCAAUAUGGUGACUCCUCCAACCAAGAAUACUCCACAUGGACACUACCAUUACAGCCGCCCUGGAAUAUUUCUGGGGGAUAACAAGAGCGACAAAAGCCACAGGAAGUAG